AAAUCAUUAUCUGGAACAAAAUCCAAAUCGAAGAAGAAACAUCUGUCUUUUUCAUUUGGCCAGCUGUACAACUCCCGCGAUGAAGAUUUUUGGGAAUGUGUAGUUCAGCCGCUGUUUUCUGAGGAAGUGUGUGACCUGUUAGGAUAUGGAGCGAGUACCUACCAGCACUAAAGCGUUAGAGCCAAAAGACUGGCCUCCCUUUGAUCCACAUCCAUCUUCUUAUGUGGAGAUAAUACCGUGUAUUUAUUCAUCCAUCGCGAAAGGAUUCUCCAGAUGGAUGGAAGCGCGCGGAUCUGUGCUCGAGUACGCUCAGCAAGAUUGGAAGCAGUGUUCAUCUGUCGUGCAGGAGGAUGUAUGGGCAGUUCUACUUGUCGCGGUCCUGUUUACUCUACUUAGGAGUCAGCUGACAAUAUGGGUUUUCAAACCUUUCGCCUCCUGGCUACAGCUGCGAAAGCUGGAUUGCCAGAAGUUUCCUGAGAGUAUGUUCAAGGUUGCGUACUAUACGAUAGCCUUCAGCCUUGGUGCAUACAUACUGUUUGGAAUGGGUGAUGACUAUUUUGGCAAUCAAGCAUAUCCUUUUCAAGGUUGGUAUGCCAAUAUGCCAAUUAACAAUGUCGUAUAUGGCCUUUACAUAAUGCAACUCGGCUUCUAUGUACAUGCCGUGUACGGAGUAUUGGUAUUGGAUGCUCGACGGAAGGACACUUUCAUCAUGGUUAUCCAUCACAUCAUUACGUUGCUUUUGAUUGGCUUCUCCUUUGCCGUCAGGUUCCAUCGCAUUGGUGUAGUAGUUAUGUUCCUUCAUGACAAUGCUGACAUUUGUCUGGAGGCAGGCAAAUUGACCAUGAUGGCACGUCACCGUGGCAAAAAGUUUGAUCAGAUCAUGGAUCACGUUUCCACGUUCUGCUUUGUCAUGUUCAUGCUGUCCUGGUUCCUAUUGCGACUGGUGAUCUACGUUCGCGCUGUGCUAUACUCAACAGCAUACGUGGCACCCUUGUUGAUCGAAGCGGGACCAUUUUGGUUAGGCUUUAACUGUCUGUUGAUCAUUCUCUACUUUAUGAAUGUUUGGUGGUUCCAGUUCAUUUUGCUGGCUGCUGUCCGCAUACUCACUGGUAGUACUUUGAAUGAUACUCGCGAAGACACAAGUGAUGAUGAGACUGAUGAUACCACCCAGGAAGGUGACACGGUUGCUACUCGGGCUAAUCGCCUCAGUGAAGAUGAUCAAUCUGCUCACGCUCAGAUGCGCUUGCAAAAGCUUCUGAAUAUGCCAGAAAACAAAGCCCCGUCUGAUGCUGUGUCACCGAAGGGCGUUACGACAGCAACUGAAGAUGUUCAUGAACUUGCACCUGGACAAAGUGCCAGUCAAACUACCAAUCGUAGACUUCGCUCUCGUCAGUCUUAGUUGUUGAAUUUUGCUCGCCCAUCGGUGCGAGUGCAGCACAAGGAAGUCCAAUGUGUACCGCCGCUGCAGCGUUUGCCAUUUUAUUUUACUGGUGCACAAUUUGCUUCCUUGCCCACUUGCUGCCAGUCCCCCUCCCUCCCCCCCCCCCCCCCCCCCACACACACAAACAUCUCUAUCUUAUUAUAAUUGUCUCAUUUUAGUAGCAGUAGUAGUAGUUAUUGUUGUUGUGGUGUCUGGUGCAUUAAUUACUGCAUAUCUUUGCCUCUUUCAUCAAUAUUAUAAUGCUGUUAAAGAAAAUUUCAUACUGGUCAUUUAUGUGAAAUUUAAACUAUAUUUAACAUUCUAUUAUAGCUUUCUGCUAGAAAGCAUAUCUAUAGGUGGCACCACCAUUCUUUUUUCUUUUACUGCACUUUGGCAUGUGCCAUGCUGACAGCGUUGAUGUUUGUCCGCACACACCUGGCGCCCCUGCACAUUUGUAAUUCUGUACAAGCAGAACAUUUCACCGAACUCCAAAGAAAAGGAGUUCGUCCGGUUGUAAA